CUUGCGUCCACAACGGCCCAGUACUUCUCGUCUUCUCUCAGAUGGAUCUGGACGCAAUCUCUCAUGUUCCAGACGUUUCCACGCAACCACGGAGACUGCAGAAGUUUCAAAUUUUUCUCCAAGCCUUCGGCGACGAUGCGGAGUCGUAUUCAAAUACUUGACCGAGCGCAGCCCGAUUUUCUCUCCACACUCUCUUCCCCGCCGCCUCUCCUCUCUUCAGACGUUGACCGCCGCCAUGGGACUAGCAGGGACUAUCGACGACACGUUUGGGAUGCUCUACAUCGCGGUGGCAGUUUCAUCCGCAUUGUACGGAGCUGGCGUCCUGCAGUUCUGGAUGUACAUCCGCAAAUACCACAAGAAAGACCCGCUAUUGGUCAAGGGCGUGGUCAUCGCAGUACAGAUUCUGGAUACUGUUCAGCAGGCACUUGUCUGCGAGUCAGGUACCUCAAGCCCUCGCCUCCAUGAGAAUAUGCUGACACCCAGUCAAGUAUACAGGUAUCUCGUGUCGUCGAUGAGGGAUCCGACAAUCCUUGCCUCUGUCGUCAAAACCCUGAUGAUCGAGCUGUUCUUCAGCUGUGCGAUUGCCACCCUCGUACAACAGUUCUAUUGCUGGAGAAUAUACAGAAUCGGAAAGAGUAUCAUCCUAGCGCUGGCAGUGUCGGCUGUCAGCUGGACCUCAUGUGUCGUGCUCCUCAUCUACGCUGCUAAAGCCGUUAGCACCGACUUGCUUUCGGACAUCAUCAAGCUCAAGAACCUCUCGAUCGCAGCGAACACUUUGUCUGCAGCGGCGGAUAUCACCAUUUCUGUCGCGCUCGUCCUCCUCCUGCAUGUGGCUAAGACGGGUUUCAAGCGAUCGACAGACCUGAUCAACCGAUUGAUGAUCUUCAGUUUCAACACCGGUCUUCCUACGAGCAUAUGUGCCCUGGUUGCCACCGUUUGUGUUGCUGCGUUCUCAAACACGUUCCUUUACAUUUUCUUCUUCCUGCUGCUCGGGCGAUUGUACACGAACUCGAUCUUGGUCACCCUCAACUCACGGGAAUACAUCAAGUCCUCGAGCGACCACCACAACAGCGGAGAGCAGUAUUCGCUGGAAAACAACACGGGGCGCCCAAGAAUGCCGACGAUUCCAGCGUCGAACCACGAUCCGAUCACGAUUCGAAUUGAGACCAACACCAUGCAGGACUACCACUCCACAUCAAUGGGAGACUUGAAAAACUAGCGCGCUGGGCGAUAUCGCUUUCUUACAUAUAUUUUACGCUUUGUGUACAGUAGUCGAUCGAGAUAAUUGCGAGGUCAAUACAAUACGAUAUUCGAGUAGUUCCUUUAUUGAGAAAAGCCA